ACUGUAGUACGUGUUGAGUGCAGGCUUUUGAGCAAUGAACCUUCUAUCUCUUCAAUCCUUUAUCAAGGCUAAGGGCACGAUCCGCAACAAUGCAGGCUGAAGUAUUUAAUGGUCUUUCCUUCCGAACAAUGCUCAAAGCCUGCAGGGACUGAGAAAUUUACGGAUCAUGGAACAGCUCGUAAUCCAGCAGGAGACUCCGAUCUGCAAUGGUCACACGGGAGCUUCUUCGACACCAGCACCAAGAGUGUGGCUGGUGGCUCUCCCUUUCAUCAGUCACGUCAUGUCCAUGACAAAUCUCGCCAGGCAGUUGGCGAGUGGUGGCAUCAGUGUAUCACUCUUUGUUUCUGAAGAUGAUCUUCGACGUUUGAAAACUGCUCGGAAAAAUUUGAUGGAAAACUGGGUAUUACAGGGUCUGGACAUUCAGCCGCGAAUCCUGGACGCAGGACCAUCAUCAUUAGCUGCUGGUGCUGGUGGAUCUGAACGAUUUGUCACUCUCUUUCACCGCUUUGAAGAAGCAUUCAAAGAGACCCUGAAGAAGGAGGCGCAAACUGAUUCGAGGCCUACUUGUGUGAUAGCAGAUUUCUGGAUGCCAGGAGCAAGGGAGGCGGCUAUAAAGCAUGACGUUCCUGCGUGGACAUUUUCUCCAUUCUCAGCAGCAUAUCUAGCUACAUGGGUGUACAUUAGACACCUCGAAUCAAAUGGAAUGUUCAAACUUCCUGACACCUUCAAAGACAAAAGAUGUGAGCAGGCGUUUAUCAGCUUACCAGGUUUCCCAAUUAUGAGACUCCAUGACCUGGGUGAACCUUUAUUCAAAGAUGAUCCCUUGUAUUCUUAUUCCAUCCGCAACGCAUCAACUAUGGAACAAUGUGAUGUUGUGCUUCUGAGCGGAUUUUUGGAGCUGGAACCUAGACAGACCCAAGAACUAAACAGGAUUCUGAAGGCUUACGCCCUGAUAAACGGCAGAAAGGCACCCGAAGUCUAUCAUGUCGGACCCAUAUUUCCUUUUCCGUCGAGAAAGAAUGGACUAGAAGCAGUCAAAUCCGGAGCAGCUGACGAAGUACACCCAAGCAUAACUUUUCUCGAUUCCCAACCUGCAUCGUCGGUUAUAUUUCUUGCAUUUGGAAGCGAUGUCAACCACACCGUGCAACAGAUCCAGGAGAUAGCUUAUGGACUUGAAAAUAGUCAGCAACCAUUCAUAUGCGUUCUGCACCUUCCAAAACGAGAGUCCGGCGUCCGAGCCGAUGACAUCUUUUCGGUCAUACCUGAAGACUGUCUGGCUCGAACCAAAGGCAGAGGUCUGUUCGUGCAGAGCUUUGCACCUCAGAUGGAAGUCCUGUCUCAUCCAUCAACCGGAGCUUUUAUAUCGCACUGUGGGCAGAAUUCAGUUCUGGAGGCCUUGGCCAGUGGAGUGCCUAUCCUAGCAUGGCCUUGCCUCUACGAUCAGUCCAUGAAUUGCAGAUUUCUGGUGGAGGAAGCACAGAUUGCCUUGGAAAUUUGUCCGGGCUUGUUGCAGGGUGGGGGGUAUGUGGAUAGGAAGCAGAUUGAGGCCAGCAUCCACACCCUGUUCCACACUAAAGAAGGCUCUGCACUGAGAAGGAGAGUGUCUGAGAUGAAACUGAAAGCAGAGGCUGCCAAAGGGCCAAAUGGAUCUUCGACCAAAAAUCUGCAUGCCGUUUGUGCAAAGCUCAAAGACUUAGCAAAAGCCCACCUGGAGAAUUGUUCUGCACUCAUCUCCUGAAUUAAUGUGCCUUCAUAUCUUGCAGCAUCAUGUGUCCCCUCUCCCAUAACAAGAAUUUUGUGAAUUAGUCUACAUACAUUUUGGUGCAAGGAUCAAAGACACUACGGUUGUCUAACGGGAUAGUACAGUCUAGCUUCAGUUGUAAGGAUCUUCUAGCAACAACUCCAUACGUGAGCUACUUAACUUAUUUUCAACUCAUCGGAUCGCAUUCAACAUGU